GCUCCCACAGCCUUACCCGACCCCCUUGCAGUGUCCAGUUCCCUAAGGCAGAGGGGGAUCCCAGAACAUCAUGGAAAUGGUUCUGAUCUUUGCUCCCUUCUAGACUGGGAUGGCGUCAUGGACUAUCUGGAUGCCCUAUCGGAUAAUGACUUGAAACCCCCGGAGAAUGCUGGAGGUCUUCCUAGAUGGAUGAACCAAAACGCAGGAGACAGCAAGUCGCUGGAGGCAGCCAAACUUCUGGACAAGAUGCUGAGUGACCUUGAGAGACGUCGUGAGAUGAAACGAAAGGCUGUGCUGAAGGCUGAGUUUUCCAGAGGAAGCAGUGGCUCAUUGGCAGCCUCUGCUGCAGGAAGGGAGGCGAUGCCAGGCACAGGCCCAGGAGGUGAGGGUGCUGGGAUAGGUUCUCCAGCAGCUGGGAUGGAAGAUGGUUUGGAACCCUUGGGAGCCUCUGCAGGUGUGUCUGCAGGGAGGACUUUUCAAGCUCCAGGUCUGGUUGCUGAACACAAGCCCAGCUCCCAUCGCAGGGGUCCUUUGAGAGGGAGGAAAAAAACUACAAAACAGAGUGAGUCCCUGGAGGAAUCCAACCAAGCAGACCAAAUCUUGACUGGACUGGAGAGACAACGUGAUAUGGACCAAAAAGCUUUACGGAAGGCAGCACUUCCUGGAGGAAACGAUGGAUCAGUGCCAGCCACCGAUGCACAAAGGGAGGAGAUGCCAGACAGUGCCACAGAAGUGCUUUUUCCCGUUAUUUGAUAUAGUCAGUGAUGGCCUAAGUAUCCCAUGGCUGAAUUAGAAGACUGUAAGUAUAAUAAAAUAAAAUAAUGUUGACCCUCUAAUGUCUUUCACAGACUCCUGAA